CACACAUUUUCCACAUUAAAGGGCUUGAUCACUUUAAUAAUUAGUUGAUAAAGUAGGGAAGCACUAACCUUUGGGAUAUUAAUACCACUUAAUUGAAUUCUGGGAACCCAAUUAUCCAUCCAUCCUCCAAGUCAUCAACUUCAGCUAGCAUUGAGCUUCCAACAACCCAUGGCGGCAGGUCCUUCAAUUCUGUUUGUUACCCUGAUUGCCCUGUCCCUUUCUCUCAUUCCACUGCCUGCAAUUGCAAAUGCUCGAGAGUUGAUCCGAGGAGGCUACUGGAUCGUCUCCAACUUCGAAUCCCCUGAAUCUCUCAACUCCACGUUCUACACUCACCUCAUUUGUGGUUACGCCACCAUCAAUUCGUCCACCCACCGCAUUUCAAUCGACCCUUCUGACGAGCAAUACUUCGCCAAUUUCACGGCCAUCGUCCGGCAGCAGAACCCAUCCGUCACGACCCUUUACUCGAUCGGCGGCGGGGAUGCCAACGACACCGAUUUCUCAUCCAUGGUCACCAAUCCCACCCGCCGCGGUGCUUUCAUUCAGUCCACAAUACAAACAGCUAGAAGGCAUGGGUUUCAGGGGAUGGAUUUCUCCUGGUCCGGCCAAUCCGCCGACGAUUUCGCCGGCAUCAGCAAUCUGUUCAAAGAAUGGCGAGCCCAGGUCGACGCCGAAGUGAAGACGGUCGGAGAAAAGAAGCUACUCUUGACGGCGGCGUUCGGGUACGCGCCGGAUCCGAACGUGAGGAAUUACCCGGUGGGUUCAAUCAGGAACAACUUGGAUUGGGUCCAUAUCAUGGUGCAGAAUCUGGAGCCGUCGAAAUUCAUGGAGCCCGACGCUCCAUUGAACGACCCGGAGUUCUUGUCCAACACCGGAUCGGGCGUGGAGGCGUGGGUUACUGUGGGGAAAGUUCCGCGGGAGAAGCUGGUACUUAGCCUGCCGUUCUAUGGAUUCACCUGGAAGUUGGCGAAUCCCCGGAAGGGUUAUAUCGGUGCUCCGGUGACCGGAGAUGGCGAGCUCCUGACUUACCAUGAGAUCAAGGACAUCACAAAGGGCGCGGAGGUAGUCUACAAUUCUACCUACGCCGUGAAUCACUGCACAUUGAAUGGCUCUGUUUCGGUCAUCUUCGACGGCCCUGAAGCGAUUCGAGCCAAGGUUUCGUACACCACGGAGAUGAAUCUUGGUGGCUACUAUGUGUGGCAGAUCCCUUUCGAUGAUUACGGAGAGCUAGCUCAAGUUGCAGCUAAAGAACAAGGAGAGAAACAGGGGAGGAUGAAGAGGCGGCAAAGAGUGUUAGCAGGGGCAAUAUCUACAGCUGUUUUUCUCGUAAUAUUUCUGGCCCUUGGUGGAUUCUAUUGGAUCAGAAUCAGUGGGCUCAAAAGACCUGAGGGUUUGCUGGUAUUGGUAGGAUCAAUGAAGGAUAGAAGCAGAGCAUCCAAUCUGAGAGCAGAGGACAUAGAAGGAUCGGGCCAGUUCGGUGACAACAAUCUCAAAGUGUUUAGUUUGGAAGAAAUUAAGAAAGCCACAAUGGGAUUCUCCAUUCAGAACAAGCUCGGACAAGGUGGCUAUGGUCCUGUUUACAAGGGGGUUUUACUUGACGGACAAGAAAUAGCGGUGAAGAAGCUAUCGCAAACAUCGUCGCAGGGGCUCCAAGAAUUCAAGAACGAGGUGCAGCUAAACGGCAGACUGCAGCAUGUGAAUCUCGUCAGGGUUCUUGGAUUCUGCAUUGAAAGUGAUGAGCAGUUGCUGAUCUACGAGUACAUGCCCAACAACAGCCUCGACAAGUACCUCUACGAUCCUGCAAGGAAGAAUGUUCUUGAUUGGAGCAAGAGGGUGGAAAUCAUACAAGGGAUAACCCAAGGGCUUGUGUAUCUCCAGGAAUACUCCAGGCUCACCAUCAUCCACCGCGACUUGAAAGCCAGCAACAUCUUGCUCGACAGUGACUUCCUCCCCAAGAUAUCGGAUUUCGGGAUUGCCAAGGUCUUCUCCAAGAGUGGAGCAGAAGCAAACACCGUCAGGAUCGUUGGAACAAUUGGCUACACGUCGCCGGAAUAUCUCAAGCAAGGAGCUUACUCCGUCAAAUCAGAUGUUUAUAGCUUCGGGAUUCUGCUGCUACAGAUUAUCAGCGGCAAGAAGAAUGGGAUGAUUUAUGGCCCCAGUGGAGAUUUCAGCCUUCAGGAAUAUGCAUUUGAGUUGUGGCAGGACGGGCAAGGGAUGGAGAUAAUGGACGCGUGUCUGGACGAUUCAUCGUCUUCUUGCAAGCUACUCGCUUGCUUGAGAAUUGCAUUACUAUGUGUUCAGGACGACCCUGUCGAUCGACCUUCCAUGCUAGAAGUUGCUUCAAUGCUCAGGAAUGAAACGGCUGUUGGGUUGAUCUUUCCAAAGAGACCAACCUUUUCAUUCAGACGACUACAACAACAGCUGCAGCAGCAACAGCAGGGAGUGAAUCCUGCAGCGGAGCCUGCAGUCCUGCAACCUGAAUUUUGUUCUAUAGCCGAUGCGACAUUUACAGAAAUAGUAGGUCGAUGAAUUUCAGCAUGUGAAAUGCUCAUCAUGGUCAGUUGUGUCUCUCCAUGUUAGUUCAUUAGACGGCAUUGCCAUUGAUGUCUGUCUCCUCACCAAAUUUGACAUAAGAUUUUUUUUUUUAAUGUCAUUCCAUAUCCAUAAUGGUACCGACAGACCUGGCAUUAACAACAACUUUAUAACAACUUAACCACAUUUCAGACUGCCCGUCCUCCUGCGGCCAGCAAAUCGGAUUGUUCAUACUUCAUAUAGUACUAGCGCUUAAUGUUCUAUCGAUAUCUCCUACAGAAUUAGCACCUUUUAAUUUUGUAUUUAGGUUGAGUAUGUUCUUGUUCUAUUUUAUACUAGAUAAUUGAUCCAUGUUAUACGGCGGAUGCGUUGGCCAUCUAGUUGAGUUGUAUUGGAUUGAAUUAUAUUGAAUCGAUUCUUUAUUUUAGUUUAGUUUCGAUUGUCAAAAUCAGCACUUUAUUAUUUGGAUUUCAUAAAUUUCAUUAAAAAAA